UCUCAGAUAAACCAUGGAGGAGACAAAUCCAAUAUCUAUAAUCCGUCAAGGGUGUAAGUUAGCAAGAGAACUUGAAGCAAACCUACCAAACCUCACUGACCAGCACAACAUGCUCUUAACAUCCUGUGUUGAAAUCAUAAAGGUUUUCAAUACAGCAAGGGAACGACUAUACACUACUCAAUAUCGGGACCCCAUGUCACACAACCCCAUGAACAUGCUAAUCCGACAACCACAGGAGUCACAACAGACUCAGAUUGAAGCAGCUGCUGAUCUGCAGGGAUGGCUAAGGUCUAAUUACACCCAAGCAAUGGACAUAUUUCAAUUACAACUUCAAGCUGAUCAAAGCAGGAACCCAUUUGAGACGCAGAAAUUGGGGUCCGAUGUCCAUGUUGCAGCAGCUGGAAGAGAUCAUGCGGAAGCUUCUGCACGAUCUAGGAGCACAGGAGGAGGAGAGUUUCCGGUUCCACCAAUUGACGUAUCAGAUUCUGGUACUGGUAAUUCAUCCUCACAAAGACAGCGAAGAAGGAGGGAUGAUGGGGAGAGACGGACAUUGACGGUGCCUGUACCUCGGAUUGGAAAUACUGAGAUUCCACCGGAGGACGGCUUUACAUGGAGGAAAUACGGCCAGAAAGAGAUACUUGGCUCAAAAUACCCAAGAGGUUACUUUAGGUGCACCCACCAGAAGUUAUACCAAUGCCCAGCCAAGAAACUCGUGCAGAGGCUGGAUGACGAUCCCUACAUGUUUGAAGUGACAUAUCGAGGUGGUCACACAUGCCACAUGUCAUCCACGGCACCAUCAAUUCCACCACCACCUGAUCAAAUUUCACAUGACAUUGCCCAAUUUAUAGCUUCCCAGCCUCUACCAUCUAGUUCAGUUCCUCUAAGCAGUUGGCUCUCAAUGGACAGUCUAGGAAGGGGAGGAAGUGGUAGUGGUGCGGGUCCUUCCACCACACGAAGUGGCAAAGAAGUUGAAUUCCCGGUUGCAGAUAUGGCUGAUGUAAUGUUUAACUCAGGCAGCAGUAGUAGCAAUAGCAUGGAUUUUCUAUUCCAAGCCCCCGAAGAUGUUAAAUGGAAGCCAGGUGACAAACAAGGUUGAUCGAUGGACUAACAGGAAAUUUAAUAAUUUUGUGGAGCUGAUUAUGAUUUAUUUCUUCCUAUUGCA